AUGGAGGGUUUUGGAGGCUUGGGAUUCAAUGAUGUAACCAAUGCUGUGAGGAAGAAAAGGAGUAACACAUCUCGUCGUCCUCGGAAUGAGUCACCGCUCCCUUUCGAUAAUCGAGAUACCAUGUCAUCAACGCCUCCUUCAGAAGAUGUAAGCAAAUUGUCAAGUGAUGAUAAUAACGAUUAUGGUUCAAUUACUCAAAAGAGGGAUAUCAAUCUGAACCUAUGCAGUGCAAGGGCUUCAUUUAGUAACAUUAUUGAAGCUGAAUCUGCCCAGAAUAUGAAUAAAAGUGAAGGAGGAGGAUCUGGAGAAUCUGAUGAAGCUUCCAAUGAUGGUUCUUUUCGAGGCAGUAAUGACCAUAGGCAUAGGGAGAUUGAUUCACAAAGGUCCAGCAAGGGUGCCCUUGCACCUGCUAAUUGGAAAGGUACAAACAAGGUUGGUCCUUUUGGAGUUGUUUCAGAUUGCUCAGAGAAUGAGAAUAAAGUGAAAAUGGUUAAGCUUAAAGUUGGUAAUGUUACACGCACAAUUCAGGCCAAGUCUACAUCUGAUGGUGCAUCUGCUGUUGGGUCGUCUUCUAUAAAAUCUUCUCAUAUUUCAGAUGCCCCUCGACCACGUCAGAAGUUGAUUCUUCAGGAGAACUCAGAUGACAAUCGUUCCUUUGGUUCAGAUAAAGGAAGUGGGUUACGAGGAGUCCCAUGGAAGGAUUUAUCUAAAAGCGUCACUGAUGUUGGGAAGGCUGAUUCUUCAAGGGUUGGGAUGCCUGAAGAACCUGUUCGCAAGAGCAAACGGGUCCCUAAGAGACGCUUGUUGGAUGCAGUUGAUGAUGGAGAUGAUGAUGACGUGGAAGUUCGAUACCUUGAAAAACUCAAAACAUCUAAGAUUACUUCAGAUCACAGUGUGGAAUACAAUGAAGAUGAGGAAAGAAAAAGCAGAAAAGAAAGGAAGAUUUCAACGGUGAUGAAGGGGAGUGGUGUUGGCCAGGUCAGUGUAGAUUUGGGAGGUUAUGGCAUCUCAAAAUCAGGCAAGGAGAGUAGGAAGUCUAGAGGAGGAAGAGUAUCUGAUGAUACUGAUUAUGAAGAAGAGGAAGAACCUGUCUCUGAUGGUGAGCCCAGUACUAAGAGGAAAAAAUUGAGAAAGGAGUUUGUUGAAUCAUCCUCAUAUAAUAAGGAGAUGACAGUCACUACUCGUCAAAGGGCUCUUAAAACUGGAAAUAAUGUCGCUUCCAGCUUAGGUGCAAGUCCAAUUGAGUUCCCCAACGGGUUGCCCCCUGCUCCACCAAGAAAGCAAAAAGAGAAACUCUGUGCACUGGAGCAGCAAAUCAAGAAAGCAGAGGCUGCUGAGAGACGUAGGAUGCAAGUAGAGAAGGCAGCUAGAGAAUCUGAGGCUGAGGCAAUCAGAAAGAUUUUGGGCCAAGAUUCAAGUAGGAAGAAACGAGAAGACAAGAUAAAGAAACGACAAGAAGAUCUGGCACAGGAAAGGGCUGCAAAUGCUUUCAUACUUCCAUCAGAUUCUGUUCGAUGGGUGAUGGGUCCAUCAGGAUCGAUCGUCACUUUCCCUGAUGAAAUGGGCUUGCCAGCUAUAUUCGAUUCCAAGCCUUGCAGUUACCCUCCUCCUCGUGAGAAGUGCGCGGGGCCAUAUUGUAGAAAUCCAUACAAGUACCGUGAUUCACAGUCAAAGCUCCCUCUGUGCAGUCUCCAAUGCUACAAGGCGAUACAUGAGAAAACAGCCCCUCUAUCUGCCUGUUAA